AAUUUUCAGAAGGGACGAAUAAACAUGAAUGUUUUUACUCACAUCAACACAAAGAAUAUCUUUUCUGCAACAAAUAUGUCUGGUCUUAUAUCUGACAAGUUUGAGGAUCAGCUGAAUUUAAGCAGUAAUUCUCCUUCCAUGUCAAUAAGUAAGCUUUUUCCAGCUUUGUUACAAUGCUUUGGCAUUAUCCUUUGUGGAUAUAUAGCUGGAAGAGUUAAUAUAAUCACAUCAACUCAGGCCAAAGGAUUAGGAAAUUUUGUCUCCCGCUUUGCACUCCCAGCUUUGCUCUUCAAAAAUAUGGUCUUGCUGAAUUUUUCCAAUGUGAAUUGGUCCUUUCUGUACAGCAUCCUGAUCGCCAAAGCAUCUGUAUUCUUCUUAGUCUGUGCAUUGACAUUGUUGAUAGUCACUCCUGAAAAACGAUUUAGCAAAGCUGGACUCUUUCCUAUUUUUGCUACUCAGAGCAACGACUUUGCACUGGGAUAUCCUAUAGUUGAAGCUUUGUAUCAAAAUACAUAUCCCGAGUAUCUCCAGUAUAUUUACCUGGUUGCACCAAUAUCGCUUAUGAUGCUAAACCCCUUGGGGUUUAUCUUCUGUGAAAUCCAGAAAUCAAAAGACAAUCGGAAUCUCUCUCACAGCAAAAUGAAAAUCGUAGGACUUGGGCUUCUUCACGUGCUGCAGAAUCCAAUUGUGUUUAUGGUCUUCAUAGGAAUUGCCUCCAAUUACAUCCUUAAACAAAAGAUUCCUGUAUAUUUGGAAAACUUCCUUGAUAGUCUUGCCAAUUCAUUUUCUGGCUCGGCCCUUUUUUACCUGGGUCUCACCAUGGUUGGCCAAAUAAAAAAACUGACAAGGGGUACAUUUGUUGCACUAAUUCUUCUCAUCACGGCUAAACUGCUGUUGAUGCCCCUUCUAUGCCGGGAAAUGGUGGAAUUGUUAGACAAGAGCCAGAGUUUGGUCAACCAUACCAGUUUAUCCAACUAUGCAUUUCUCUAUGGAAUCUUUCCAACAGCUCCGGGUGUGGCUAUAUUUGCAACACAGUUUAACAUGGAAGUAGAAGUUAUAACUUCUGGAAUGGUGAUCAGUACUUUUGUGUCUGCCCCCAUCAUGUAUGUCUCCGCGUGGCUAUUGACCAUUCCCUCUAUGGAUCCAGACAGACUGGCAGCAGCGAUUCAGAACGUUAGCUUUGAUAUCAGCAUUGUUAGUCUGGUCUCUUUGAUCUGGUCCCUCGGGGUUAUUCUUUUGAGUAAAAAAUACAAGCAGCUUCCCCAUAUGCUUACAACUAACUUACUCAUUGCUCAGUGUGUAGCCUGUGUUGGAAUGGUAAUGUGGAAUUUCACUAUUGAGAACAAAAGCAUCUUUGUGCAGAUUCUUGUGUUCGUUGUCCUGUACUGUUCCCUGUAUAGUGCUUUUCUGUGGACAGGCCUUUUAGCCCUUUGUCUUCUCCUUUUGAAAAGAAGGGAAACCCUAAAGAUUCCUGUUGGAAUUAUUACUAUAGCUGGCUGGGGCAUCCCAGUAGUUAUUGUUGGCAUUCUUCUGAUAGCUGGAAAACACACUGGUGAAAUUGACUCAGCAUUUUUUUAUGGUAAACAUCAGGUGAUUACUACUGCAGUAAUCGUAACAAUCAGCAUAUUGUUCUCGGGUGUGUCACUCAUGUGUAUGAACCGAUCUGGGAUCGCAGGGAUGAAUUAUGAGGUUCUAAACCAGCAAUUUCAACAUCCAGUAGAAGAACCUGAAAGGGAAGCGAAUCAACAUUAUAAACCUUCCCCCACUGUCUCUCAUUCUGGAACAGAUUCUCCCUUGGAAAGAGACUUCUACACAUGUCAGAAACAAAACGGAGAAUUAUGCUGCUCUGAAGGAGAAUCUGCAUCUACUACUGGAGUCAGUGAGAACUGUUCUUUCUCAGUUGAGACAGCAAACCAGUGUUUGAGUCCGUGCAGUUCUCAGAGGUGUGUCCUGGCUCAGGAAGAACAGCUUCUGCAAACGGGAGACCAACAGCUGGCCAGACAUGUGCUGCUGUGCCUGCUUCUCAUUGUGGGCCUUUUUGCUAACCUAUCAAGCUGCUUGUGGUGGUUAUUUAACCAGGAGCCUGGGAGGCUCUAUGUGGAACUGCAGUUUUUCUGUGCUGUAUUUAAUUUUGGUCAGGGAUUCAUUUCUUUUGGAAUGUUUGGUUUAGACAAACAUCUAAUUAUUCUUCCAUUCAAAAGGAGGCUUGGAUUCCUUUGGGGUGCUAGAACUGUGGAACAGAGGGAGUCAUCUGUCCCGGAGGAGAUCCGAAUGACUUGCCAACAGUUUGUUAAUUACCACAGAGACGUGUGUGUGAGAAGCAUUGUCCAGGAUAGAAGGUGGAGUUGUUCAUCAGUGUCAAAAGUGAUUUAAAUUAUUCUAAUAUUCUGGAUAUCAAUUCGGAAAUAAAUAUUUACAAAUCAACAGUUUGUAAAUAUGGAUGGGUACGUACUCUGCAUCUGUAAAUACCCUUCUUUUUACUAGGAGUAUACACAAGACACACGGGUUCCAAACACCACUAA